AUGGAUGACGUUGGAGAUUACAAUGAUGAUCAACUUUCAGAUGGCAUGAGCAUGAGGUUGCUCUGCAUUACCAUUAAAAAAGCACGACUUCAAGGAGCUGUCGAUGAAUUCAACUCGUACGUGACGGUGAAGCUGCAGACUGUAAAAUCAACAACUGUGGCUGUGCGUGGCAACUUACCAUGCUGGGAGCAGGAAUUCAUUUUUGAAACAAAUCGACCUGACGACGGAAUGGUACUCGAAUUAUGGGCCAAAGGCGUUUUAUGGGACAAAUUAAUAGGUGUUCAUUAUAUGCCACUUUCGGAGAUUAGAUACAGCAAUGCAGCAGGUUCGGGUCAAUGGCUUCAAAUGGAUCAUGAACUUGAAACAAGAAAUGGUCAAACUGUAGGAACACGUGGUCCAACAGGUCAUAACUUGUUGACUGAUGUUCGAUUUGAGCUUCCUUUUGAUGUACAAGGCCACGACGAAGAUAUUCAGUCCAGAUUGCUCGCGUUGAACGGACUCAUCGAACACGAUCAGCUGGGCCCCAACAACCAUCACAGGGCGCCGUUUAACCAUUCGGGUUUGAGUGAAGACAGUGAUUAUACAUCCGACGUGUCCGUUCCAGUCAACCAUCAUCAAUUACAUCCAAACAGUUCGGCACAUCAAUACGAAUCACAUCUACAUCCACAUCGAACACGUCAAUUGUUACACACUCGUGAAGGCGCAGCGAGUUAUGAGGACGAAGAAGACGCCUAUCACGCUAGACAUCAACCCGAAUCCGACGACUAUAACCACCAAGACACCUACGAUCAACAUUCGUCGUAUUAUAACGACGAAUACGCGCCAAGUGGUAGUAGCAGUCAAUAUCAACGGCAAGGAUAUCAAGAUCAAGAUCAACAACAUCAGAAUAUAUACGAGGACACGGUGACUCCGGUUCGAGAAUUUGGCGAGUCGGCCGUUCCGCCGGCUGCUUCAUCGUCUAGACGUCAAUUCGAUCAGGUUUACGGGUACGCAUCUAGCAGUGAAGAACGAUAUGACACACCGAUGUCAAGUGGUCGACUGCCAAGAGAUGAACCAAUUCUUGAGCACAGUGAACCAGAAUACGUGUACGAUCAGAAUGGUUAUCCCGAAGAAGACAACUAUGGAAUUAAUCCAACAUAUUCGGAAGAUCAUUUUGAAGGUCAAACAAAUGACUAUUCUACGACACAUCAAGAACCUAAUGAUUUUAGGAAUGAUUAUAAUUCUAGUUAUCAAAGAGAAUAUUGGAAUGAGAGUGAGCCGCUUUCUUAUAAUAGUAGGCCUCCAAACGGACAUAUUAGAACAGGUGCAAACACUUGGCGCGAACCAUCUACGUCAUCUCGCCCAACAUCUUCCCAAGCAUGGAAUUAUCAAGAUGACACUCACCAAUAUGAUGAAGUUGAUCGUGGAUCCCGAGUAUCUUUCACAAGAACACCAUCAGUAGAUAGAACAGAUAGACCAAGUGAAAGUGGUGGAGGAUUUUAUGAUGAAAUGUCAGAAAGUGGAAGACCAGGGCGUCCAGAUUCUCACCAUAAUUGGAGAUAUGAUUCAAUUCAAGAAGAAGAUAAUGAAAAAGACAACUGGAAACAACAUGUGGAAGGCUACGAAGAAGGACAGGAAGAGAAACAAAAGGACAAUCAAAAACCUAAUGAUCAUAGUGCAGCUUCACCUCAAGAUCACUAUCAUCGAUCAGAUUCAACAGCGCAACAAGAUUUCGGAAACAAUAUCGUUCGUCAGACAAUUCAAGAAGAAGAGGAAAAAAGGAAUUAUCAGGAACUUUGGCAUAAUGCUUACAAGAGAGUUUGUGCUGAUCUCGGAAUUAAGUCAUCUCAAGCUUCACUGGUGGCCACCACGGGGGGAACGUUGUUGCAAAAUUUGUUUCUGUACCGGCCAAAGCUGGCGCCGGCUGGACAUGGCGCCACGGCGUCUCAAUUCCAGUCACCAGCAGGCGCCACUCGAUUUUAUGCCAAUCACAACAAUAACAACAACAAUGUUUCCAAAAAUGAAUUGGAUUCCACGACUGAAACACCGCCCGAUCCAUCUAGAACACCAUCCACGUCAUCAAUGAAUCCAGUGCCAAGUCUUGCAGUUCCAAUGUCACCUGGUCCCUAUCUUAACAGUGAUCCGCCAUCACCAGUGUCUCCAAAUCCACAAAUAAAAAGAAGUAUCUAUAGGAUAAAGGAAUCAUAUGAAGAUCGGAAUGGUGGAAGAGAACGAAUAUAUACAACAAAUCUUGUUAGUGUUUAUCUAGAAAAGAUGAAACCACCAGAUGAACUAGAAGAAGGAUCAUCAGGAUCAAUGCGAGAAACUCAAAAUGAAAUUAAAAAUGGAACACAACUACAUAAUGCUGAAUCAAAUAUCUUCUUUCCGCAAGAUUCUGUUCCAAAAUCAAUAUCUUAUAAUGCCGGAAAUCUGAAAAAUACGAGUAUCACAACUUCAAAGACAUCAUCAGCUAUUACAAAUCACAGUAGCCUUCCUCCACAACCUCCAUCAAAACCUGCAAGUCGGGAUUCUGAUCCGAUGAAACAGUUACUCACAUUCUCCAAAUCAUUUAAGAAAGUCAGACGUGUAAGAUCUGCAAUGCCACGCCGACGGAAACGAAAGCGGGUGAAGAUCAAGAAAUCAAGAAGUUGUCCGAUUUUAUGGAAAACUGAGAAAACACCGCACCCGAUGAAAAGCAAGAGUAUGACGUGUAUUCGGAUACCGAAGAAAACUGUUAUUGCUCCAUUGCGAAAAGAAAUAAAAAUUGUGAGAAUGAAGCCACCCGCAGCAAGAUGUGAAUCUGAUUCAAAAGCUCAUAAAAAGAAGAAUUUAUUGGAUGUUUAUAAAGAUAUGGGAAAGAGUACUGUGCUUGACGGGAACGGGAGUUCGGCUGCCAACGCCUUCUACAAAUCAAUCGAUGCAGCUCCAAACAUGAAUGUGGCCCGAACGAAGACAAGUAUUCCACUUGUUUCCGAACUUGUUCUAAAGACGAUGGCCACAAAACGUGCGCAAGCAGGUCUGGCGAAUGCGGCAAGAACGACGUUCUCAGAUACAGAAUUAAAAACUCAUGUCUACAAGAAAACUCUACAAGCAUUGAUCUACCCGAUCAGUGCAACAACUCCUCACAACUUCGCAACUACAACAUUCCAAACACCCACGUUUUGUUACGAAUGCGAAGGAUUAUUGUGGGGAUUGGCUAGACAAGGAUUGCGAUGUACUCAGUGUCAAGUGAAAGUUCACGAUAAAUGUCGUGAAUUGCUCAGCGCUGAUUGUCUUCAAAGAGCAGCCGAGAAGUCGACGAAACAUGGAGAAGCUGAUAGAACACAGUCACUUGUCAAUGUUAUCAGAGAUCGAAUGAAGAUUCAGGAACAGAAUAAGCCUGAAGUGUUUCAGAUGAUUAGAACAGUUUUUGAUGUGGAUGAGAAUAUUCAAAAAGAGACUUUGAAAACUGUAAAGGCGUCUAUUUUGGAAGGAAGUAGCAAAUGGAGUGCAAAGAUUACAUUGACAGUGCUUUGUGCGCAGGGACUUAUUGCCAAGGACAAAACCGGAAAAAGUGAUCCAUAUGUGACAGCUCAAGUUGGAAAGACCAAACGAAGGACACGAACCAUACACCAAGAGCUCAAUCCAGUUUGGAAUGAGAAAUUUCAUUUUGAAUGCCACAACUCCACGGACAGAAUUAAAGUUCGAGUUUGGGACGAGGAUAAUGAUUUGAAAUCCAAGUUAAGGCAAAAAUUGACUCGUGAAUCUGAUGAUUUCUUGGGACAAACAGUAAUUGAAGUUCGAACUUUAUCUGGUGAAAUGGAUGUCUGGUAUAAUCUUGAAAAGAGAACUGAUAAAUCUGCUGUAUCCGGAGCAAUUCGAUUGCAUAUCAAUGUUGAAAUCAAGGGAGAAGAGAAACUUGCACCGUAUCAUGUUCAGUAUACAUGUCUUCAUGAACAUCUUUUUGCUGCUCAUUGUGUAGAUGAAGAAGUUAAACUUCCAAAAGUUCGAGGCGAAGAUAGUUGGAAAGUUUGCUUCCAGGAAACUGGUCAAGAGAUUGCUGAAGAAUUUGCGAUGCGGUAUGGAAUUGAAAGUAUUUACCAGGCCAUGACUCAUUUCGCAUGCCUAUGUACUAGAUACAUGUGCGCAGGAGUACCUGCAGUCUUGUCAACACUUUUGGCCAAUAUAAAUGCGUACUAUGCUCAUACAACUGCCACGUCAGCAGUCUCUGCUCCUGAUAGAUUUGCUGCAUCCAACUUCGGAAAAGAACGAUUUGUGAAACUUCUUGAUCAACUUCACAACAGUUUGAGAAUUGACUUGUCAGCAUAUAGGAAUCAUUUUCCCUCUUCGUCGCCUGCCAAACUUCAAGAUCUUAAAUCAACCGUUGAUCUUCUUACUUCAAUUACAUUCUUUCGCAUGAAAGUUCUCGAGUUGGCGAGCCCACCGCGAGCAUCAACAGUUGUUCGCGAAUGCGCAAAAGCCUGCAUGCAGCAGACCUAUCAACUGAUGUUUGAAUCAUGCGCUGAACAAUUCCCAAUUUUGGACACUUCAGUUCAAUUCUGGUAUGAAUUCAUCGACUAUAUAAUGCGAGUAAUUGAAGAAGAUCAAAAAAACUAUACACCAGCAUUGAAUCAAUUCCCUCAAGAACUGAAUGUUGGGAAUUUAUCCGCUGAAACACUUUGGAGUAUGUACAAGAAUGAUUUGAAAAUGGCAUUAGAAGAACAUGCACAAAAGAAACGAUGCAAGACGCCUGAAUAUAUGAAUUUAUAUUUCAAGGUUAAAGGUUUCUAUUUCAAAUAUGUCGCUGAUCUUUCAACAUACAAAUCAUCAAUUCCCGAGUUUCCUGCAUGGUUUAUUCCAUUCGUCAUGGAUUGGCUCAAUGAAAAUGACGAACAUUCGAUGGAUAUUCUCAGAAAUGCAUACAAUGUAGACAAAGCUGACAACUUCCCACAAACAUCAGAACACACAAAGUUCUCGAACAGUGUUGUUGAUGUGUUCACCCAACUAAACGCUGCAUUGAAGCUCCUCAAACAAAUGGACUGUCCAAAUCCAGAAGUUGCUGCUGAUAUGAUGAAGAGAUUCAGUAAAACAUUGAAUAAAGUUCUUCUUGCAUACGCUGAUAUGGUUCAAAAAGAUUUUCCGAAAUUUGCACAUGACGAGAAGCUUGCGUGUAUUCUAAUGAACAAUGUUCAGCAAUUACGUGUGCAACUCGAAAAGAUCUACGAAACAAUGGGCGGAGCAGAACUUGACGAACAUAUUGGACAAGUGCUUACAGUCCUUCAAAAGAAGUUGAAUUCUGUUCUAGACAGACUUUCAGCUGAAUUUGUGACCACUUUGGAACCCCAUAUUCAUGAACAAACAAUCAAAUUGGGUAUGCUCCUCGUUAAAAUAAAGGGUCCACAACUUCAAAAGACACAAGUUCAACCGGAAGCCGAUGCAGUUCUAGAACCGUUGAUGGAUCUUCUUGAAGGAUCAUUGAGAAGAUACGCGGAUCAGUGUGAGAAAACGGUUCUGAAGUAUAUUCUCAAAGAACUUUGGAAAAUAACAAUUGUUAAUAUGGAAAAGAGAGUUGUUCUACCACCAUUAUCAGAUAAGGCUCUAUUGAAACAACUGCCGAAUGCCAAAAUUGGAGAUGUUACGAAGUUAAUGUCAACAAACAUUCAAAGUAUAAAGGGAAUGAAUUCCGUUAAAGAUAUGAUGGAUAUGGCAAGAGAAUCUGAAAAAUCUCUAACACCCAGACAAUGUACAGUUCUUGAUUGUGCACUUGACGCCAUUAAAGACAGUUUCCAUGCAUCCGGAAAAGGACUUAAGAAAUCAUUCUUUGAGAAAUCACCUGAACUCCAAUCUCUCAAAUAUGCACUCAGUUUAUAUACACAGACUACUGAGCAACUCAUCAAAACGUUUAUUACAAGCCAGCGACAGCAAGAUCUCCCAAGUCAAGAGCAACCAGUUGGAGAAGUUAGUGUUCAAGUUGACUUAUUCAGUCAUCCAGGCACUGGGGAACAGAAGGUUACCGUUAAAAUCCUUGCCGCAAACGAUCUUCGAUGGCAAACCUCGUCAGCUUUCAAACCAUUUGUUGAAGUGCAUCUUGUCGGACCACAUCUUUCAGACAAAAAGAGAAAAUGGUCGACAAAGACCAAAGCAGGCAACUGGGCUCCAAAAUUCAACGAAACUUUUCAUUUCUUCCUUGGAAAUGAAGGAGAACCUGAACAUUACGAGCUUAUGUUUCAAGUCAAGGAUUACUGUUUUGCACGAGAUGAUCGAGUUGUUGGAGUUGGAGUUCUGCAGUUAUCAUCUGUCGUUGAUCAAGCGGGAUCCUGCGCCAUGUGGGUUCAACUUGGAACUCGACUGCAUAUCGACGAGACUGGGCUCAUUUUGCUCAGGAUUCUUUCACAGCGUCAAACUGAUGAGGUGGCAAAGGACUUUGUACGCCUAAAAACGGAAUGCCGAUACGAGACAGAAACAGUAAUGGCUGCAUCAGCAUCAAGUCAAAACAUCAAUCGAACAUAG